AUGUCUCAGGCAUCAAUCCCAGAGGUUCAAGAAGAUGGUAUCGGGAUGGCCCUCGAAGAACGUAAGGCCAAGUUUUUCCAAUUUCAAGAUUUGGGCCCCCCUGAUCUAAUCUCAAUCGUCAAAUACUCCCCCUCGUCGUCGAAUUCCAACUCACAAAGCUCCAAAAGUCGAUCAAUGCAAUUGGAACCAAGUUCCUCCAAUAUCAAUACUCAUGAUUUACACUCAAAGGACAAGCUUAAAGGUGAAAUCGGGACUUUCCUGUACUGUGUUGGUGUGGAUACCUCUGAUCCUACGUCAAUUGCGGUUUCCUUGAAGAACUUGGCAGAUUUGAUUUCUGAAAAGCCUCAAAACUGGUUUGGGAAGCAGAAACAUUACAAAGUAGCGCGUAUUACUUAUGCCACAUGGAAUGCGUUCCGCAAAUGUGAUGUCGAAGUAGUGGUUCAUAUUCCAGGAGCGGUACAAUCUUAUAUUUUGGAUGCUCGCGGGGAGAUUCUCCAAGUCCCACAGCAAGACCGUGAAGUGCUCUGGGCCGAGACUUUUGUAUGUGGUGUGGUUCGUGCAAUUACUGUGAUGUCCGAUAAUGCUGACGAAGGUGAGGUUAAUAAUGUGGUUGAAACGCGAAUUUUGAAUCCAUUGACAUCCGGAGAGCUGGGCGAUGUGUCAGAUCGAUUCAUUGACGUUUUUCCUAUAGUAUACGCUCAAGGUUCAAAGCUGGGUGCUCCCUGUGAUGUAGCCUCACCAUCUCGCACCAACAAUUACUUGUGCGAAACGUUAUUGCAUGUUACCAAACUUACAAAAAACUUUGAUAGAUGUCGAGAGAUGCUUGUGGCGUUGAUGGAAAAACAUCCAGAGUGCAUCGUGCUAUUAGCUAAAGUACUAUUGGAUGCUGAUCUCAAAAUUGAUGCAAUCGCUUUGCUGCACAAAGAGUUGCGCGAGCAAGGGACAUCCGUAAAGGAGUACCGCUCGGAAUUGCUGUGCAUUCAGGCCAAAUUCUUGCUCGAGGAAAAAAAGGAUUUUUCUGCUGCUCAAAAGCUGUCGCAGGCAGCUGCAGAUUGCGCACCCAGUGAAUUCAGACCUUGGCAUCUCUUAGUGAGAUCAUACAUUGGCCUAAACGAUAUUGAAAAUGCUCUCCUGGCAUUGAAUGGGUGUCCAGUAACACCGCAUCGAGAAUCAUAUGGUUUCAAACGCGUGGUGAGCCUGGGUCAAGACUCGUCCAAUUUACAUUUACCAUUGCCUAUAGACGUUAUUUUGGAGGACGUUACCAGUUUGAGCUCGACAGAUGUUACCAGUGAGCACAAGGCCUUAAACUCUUCGCUCUUGAACCUACCCGCAGCUACGUUGAAAGCUAAUUCUAGGACUAGAUACAAAUAUCUUACCGAGAUUGCGCUGAAAACAGGAUGGGAGGCUUUACUAAAGUACAGAUCAAAGCUGUUUGUGAUGGAGGAAGAAUAUCUGGUUUCGGCUACCCCACCUGCCGAAUCUGACUCCGGGUCCCAAGACACAAUCCGUAGCAAGAGGUUGUGCGAACGUUGGCUCGACAGUUUGUUUAUGGUACUUUACGAAGAUCUCAAGACAUAUACCUUAUGGCAGGCCGAGCAACUACACUUCGAAGCGCAAAAUACUCGGUAUCAAAAAUCAACGGCGGAAUGGGAAUUACUGGGACUAUGCGCACUGCGUUUGGGUCAUAUCGACGAGGCCGCUCGAGCUUUCCAGAUCGGAUUGGAGCAACGUUUCUCUGCGGAAUCUUGUCGACGCUUGCUGCAAAUAAGUCUUCUAGAACACAGCAAAGUGAAAACGGAUCGAGAUGCGUCCUCAUCACAGACCAUGGCUGCAGUUUUGGAGGUGGACAAUAAACUCAUCGACUUGUGCGUGAAGCUCUGCUGCUGGAAUCACCGCUGGUACUGUGAGUUUUCUGUGCUGCAGCUUGAAACACUUGGGCAUGUUGUCCAUGAUAUCGGAAUCAUCAAACUAUCCAACGAAAUUCGUGCGCGAUUCCCAGAGUCAGUUAUGCAGCUGGUUCAAGAUAACCUCCUCGACUUUUUCGCCAACUACACGCAUGACGGCUAUGACAAGUAA